UGUAUCUUAUAUAACUGUACACAGCAAAUACUUCUCCGUUUUUCUUUUCUAGGGAAAAUGUAAAAGGUAGAGAAUGACAUUUUCAUAAAUGAAACAAUCUUAGUGAGUUUUUUGUAAAAAUCUGGGCAACAGCCCUAUUUUGCGGAAAAUAGAGAGCCUGGGCCGGGCUGUCCAUAUUGGGCCUAACUAGGCCCACCUUCUACAGGUGUCCCUUUUCUCUUUUUCUGUAAAAUAAGAAUAACCCCAAUCCCUUCUUCCCCAAUUCCUCUCUCUCACCCCAUUUCCGAUCCGAUCACUCUCUUCCUCGGCACAGCAACCACUGCUCACCACAAACACACGAUCUCGGGGGAUCCACCAACGCCAACUACCUUCAUCUUUUCUCAAGAACCUUUCUUCUUCCUCCUCUCCGUCAAAUACCUCUUUUAGGUUUUUCUGUCACCACUGUUCUCACAGGUUUAACUAUUAAAGAGCUGCGAGCAAGGGAACAUUAGGCAAGAAGCAAAUAAAAAAGUGACAAAUAAUGCCUCCACAAAAGAUUGAAACAGGGCACCAGGAUACUGUCCAGGGUAUAGCCAUGGAUUAUUAUGGGAAGCGUCUGGCAACGGCUUCAUCUGAUGCUACCAUUAAGAUUAUUGGUGUUAGCAACAAUGCUGGUUCUCAGCACCUUGCUACAUUGAGUGGUCAUAGAGGUCCUGUUUGGGAGGUAGCUUGGGCACACCCCAAGUUUGGAUCCAUCCUUGCUUCUUGUUCCUAUGAUGGUCAAGUGAUAAUCUGGAAGGAGGGUAAUCAAAACGAGUGGCAGCAGGCACAUGUUUUUAAUGACCACAAGUCAUCUGUGAAUGCCAUUGAUUGGGCACCUCACGAGCUUGGCCUUUGCUUGGCUUGUGGAUCAUCUGAUGGGAAUAUCUCGGUUAUCACAGCCAGGACUGAUGGUGGUUGGGACACUACCAGGAUAGAUCAAGCCCACCCUGUUGGGGUAACCUCUGUUUCAUGGGCCCCAUCAAUGGCACCCGGUUCUCUUGUUGGUUCAGGUGUAACGGAACCUGUUCAGAAGCUAGCUUCUGGCGGUUGUGAUAAUACUGUUAAAGUGUGGAAGCUGUAUAACGGGACUUGGAAGAUGGAUUGCUUUCCUGCUCUUCAGAUGCACACUGAUUGGGUAAGAGAUGUUGCUUGGGCACCCAACUUGGGACUUCCAAAAUCCACAAUCGCAAGUGCUUCACAGGAUGGUACAGUAGUCAUAUGGACCGUGGCCAAGGAAGGAGAUCAAUGGGAGGGGAAAGUUCUCAAGGAUUUUAAGACCCCGGUUUGGAGGGUAUCAUGGUCGCUCACCGGAAACUUAUUGGCUGUGGCUGAUGGGAAUAACAAUGUAACAUUGUGGAAAGAAGCUGUGGAUGGUGAGUGGCAAGAAGUGACCACAGUUGACAUAUAGGUUUCAGGUUAUUAUGAUUUUAUUUCCUUAAACUAAUAUGCUAUCCUUUCACCAUGAACUAGUUUCUUAAAUUUGACAUGAUGAUUUUCUUGUGAAUUUACUUUUUUUGAAAGUACUUCCAUUUACAUAUAUUGGAGAUGUCUUGAGAUUUAUGAUUUA